GUUGUGGCUCCAGCAAGUCCGCGUUCCCCGGCCGGACCGGCCUCCGCGCCACUUGAAGUGGGGUCAGUUCAGCGCCUCCUGUUCAAAGCCUUCACAAACAGCCUCCGUCUGACUGCUCAUCAAGGGGAUAGCACCAGCAGCUUAAACCCGCCCCUUGUCCGGGGGGCUGAGUACUGGCGCUACAGAUAACAUGCGGUAACGGAGAUGUUAGUGGGGAAACAAUAUUCCGUUUCUUUCAGCUUUACUGAGGCUGAGUGUGUCUUGAAAAUGGUAAUUCCUGGGAGUGCUCCUGUCAUACACCAGGACCAUGCCAUUGAACCUGACUUGGGACGGGACUCAACAGAGAAUUCUGCAGUGGGACCUGAGAUACAACCAGGUACUGAUCAUGUGCAUCCAGAAUUGGAGGAGGUGCGAAAGCUGCAGGAGCUAGUGAGAAGACUUGAGAUCCAAAAUGAGCAGUUGAGAACUAGGAGUCGCAGAAAUGUUCUAGGGACAAAUACCGGUGUGGAUAAUAACCUAGAGCUCAAUGGAAUGGAAAUUAACAAUAGCAUCAACACAAUAACAGAGAAACAAGAACUACAGAUAAUGGCUGAUGUACAUGACAAACCAAGUAAAAUAAGAACAGAGGUGAAAGAGAGUGACUGCUUAAAGAAAGGUAUGGAUACACAAAUACAUUAUAGCUGCCCUAGAAUUACUGAGAGAGUCUCUCCCAACUCAAAACACAUGAAUGAUGCAGAAAUACAGAAUGAAGAACAGCGGACAUUAAUACUGAAUCUGAAUAGAAGUAGCAGCACAGAACUUGUAGAAGAUUUACUCAACAUAGGAAUUCACCCAUCAUUUAAAACAAGUGAACAGAAUCCAAAUGAAGAGAGUGGAGAUUUAGGAAGCCUCUUGAAUCACACUGGUCUGGAUGAAGUGGAAGUGCUAGAACUUGAGAACUGCAGUGAAGAAGAGGACAGCUGGCUAUAUGUCUCUCCAAGAAAAUCCACUGCACAUCAAAAAACAGAAUCUCCUAUAAAGUGGUGUCGACAGGUGUUGGAUAACCCAAGUCCUGAAACAGAAGUAGCCUGCCGAGCCCUUAUAAAUAGACUUGACCAAGCCAGUAAGUGGAAAAACCUGUAUUGCAGUCCACUGGCAUCACCAAGUGCACAUAACUUGAAUACAGAGACAAGCUCCUGUAGCAAUGCACUAAACUCUCCUGGGCAUCUCAAAUCAACUAACAAACCACUACUAACAUGUGGCAGCUCAGGUUACUUGAGCAUGCAUUCUGCACUGAGUUCUCAGUCCUCUGUAGACAGUGAGCUUAGUACAUCUGAUGACUCCAUCUCUAUGGGAUACAAGCUGCAGGACUUGACUGAUGUCCAGGUUAUGGCACGCCUACAGGAAGAAAGUCUGCGCCAGGACUGUGCCUCAAGUUCUGCUUCAGUGUCUCGUCGCAGUUCCAGUGCUUCUCUUCACUCUCUCAGGAGAGGCACCUAUAGUGACCAGGAGUUUGAUACAUACAGUCUGGAGGAUGAGGAUGAUUAUGAUUGUUCACUAUCCUAUCAUAGUGCUCACAGGUACUCGCCAUCUCCUCUCAGCUCUCCCCGUUGCCAGUCCCCUUCUUCAGGUACAGAUUAUGGCAGGACAACCUCUCGAAUUCGACCCCCAAGGAGAGCUGUGCAAAGUCCAAUGCAAGACCAGCUAAAAUUCACAAAUAAUGAAGAGGAAAUGCGCCACAGUAUGCCUAAUCUGGCUAGGACGAGCCUUCGUUCUCUUGAAUCAGUAAGAAGCAGUCGGAGUCUGGAAUCGGAUCUGCAGGUGCCCAGCAGCCGUCUUUCCAGAAUUCAGCAACCAUCGACAAGUUUGACUCCCAAUAAGCUCAGGUUUUCCUCUAGUGCUGGGCAGUCCUCCUUAACAGUUAGACAGCCAGUGAAAGCAGGGUCAUGCACAAGUUCUCUUUUAACACUGAGGCAGCCACUAAAAGCCUCCACUUACAGCACUCCUGCAAGUGGAAUCCGAAAGCUACCAUCUUCAUCUCUCAGUCCAGGAUCUUUUAGUAGCAGUUCAUCCACUACCAGAAGCAAUAGUAUCGCCUCUGGAACCAAAAAUUCAUCUGUUAAAGUACGAACAUCUGUUGGAGGAAUCUCUACUCCGAAGAGCAAGCUGAUACAGCCAUCCAAAAGAUUUCCUCAGACAGCAAAGACUAACCAGACAACUGCUGAUGAUUCCUGGAAGGAUGGGUGUUACUAAGCUAACCCAAAGAAGCUGAUAAAACUGGCAGACAUCUGUAUGACGCUCAACCCCAGCUGGCUGGGCAUGAGAACUUUAUUUUAAAAUAUACCUUGCCCCUGACUCAUCACAUAGGAUUGACUUGUAUGUUUUCUGCAUCUUUUGAGUGCAAAUUACUCCUUGCUUUCAUUUAUUUUGCCAAGAGAUUGGCCUCUUAGUAGUAGAAAUGGACAAUUUUUUCUUUACUGUGUUCCUACUGUACAGAGUAUACUACUAAAGUCAGAAAAACAUUACAUGAAGACUGUUUGACUUUCACCUUUGUAUCUCUGGUACAAACUUCUACCUGCAGUGUGUUAAUGGAAAAGAUGUUGGCUAAAAUUCAAUAUGAUUUGUUCAUGGGGAAGUGCGCUUGGAAGAGCACGGGUGGUUGUGUUUAAGCCAGCAAGAAAUUUCAACCCACUGUGCUUCCUUGCUGCAAAGCAGUGAUUUGAAGAUUAGAUAAAUAGUUGUAUAGGUGUUAGAAAAUGAAGUUUAGGGAUUUUUUUAAUUCACCUGCUGUAAGUUUUGCCUGAAGCUCAAAGAUUUUUUUUAACUUGUUCUUGUAUAGAAUGUGUUUCUUCUCUUAUGCUUUUUAUUAAUAUUUGUUCUAGAAGAUGAAACAACUUUUUAUAACUCAGUAGUACAGUUAAAAAAGACAUUUUGUAUUAGUGUGUGUGUGCAGUCACCUAGUGUAAGUUCACAAAUGAAGGAGUAGUACACAAUAUUUGUGUGGGUAUAUCAGCAGGCAGUCAAACUUAAGUGGGUGCUAUUUAAAAACUAUCACAUUGCAGUAUUUGCUGUGUUCCAUAGCUUUGGUAGGAAGUACCAAACAUUGGUCAACUAAACUACUGCAGGUGACCCUGUUUCUAAACAGUACCACUACUGUAUAUUGGGGAGAAAUUAUUGCACUUGAGGUGCUUCUUGCCAUAGUCUACUUUACUCAUUCCCAGUUGGUAACAAUUGCCUUUUACUGGUUUUGUAUAAGACAUUUUUCUACUGCCUUUUUUUUCUUUCCAUACAAAGGAAUCUGUUGAAACUGUGUCCCUGUCCUCAGCAAACUAUGGAGGCCACUGACCCAAUCCUAGUUUCUGAAAUAUGCUCAGUGAUGUUCUUCCAACCAUCAGUGUGAUUUGAUAUCGUAAUUUAAUAAAAAAAAGUUAAGAUGCU